GUGCAUGGGGUCUCGUGGGCUGCAGAAGGCGACGCGGAGAGGUCCCUGUGGGGAAGGAGGCCUCUGCGUCUUGACUGCCAAAGUCACCCUCGUGGUGUGAUCCUGUAGGACAGCUCCGCUAGGCGUUUGUUCCCCUUGGGGGAAAGGGGCAAAAGACCCCUGAAGAUCAGCAUAACAGCCACCACUUACAGGAUGAGCGCGCAGGGAACCCACCCUCUGCCUCCCAGGCCUGGACCCGAGGACAGGCGGAUGGGCGCUUAGCCCGGCAAAGCCUCCUCCUAAGAACCAUGAACUUCCAGGUGACAGGCCUGGGCCUGGACAAAAUGAAGAUGGACAGUCCCCAGUCCUUCCUGGACCAGGAGGAGGCCGACGAGGCUGAGGAUGGGCAGCUGCUGGAGCCCGAGGCUUGGUGGACCUACUCGGAGCGCCGCAACGCUCUGCGCGAGUUCCUGACCUCAGACCUGAGCCCCCACCUGCUCAAGCGCCACCACGCCCGCGUGGAGCUCCUCAAGAAGUGCUCCUACUACAUCGAGAUCCUCCCCAAGCACCUGGCCCUGGGUGACCAGAAUCCGCUGGUGCAUCCCACGACCAUGUUCCAGCUCAUCGACCCCUGGAAGUUCCAGCGCAUGAAGAAGCUGGGCGCCGCCCAGACCAAGAUCCAGCUCCUGCUGCUCAGGGACCUGCUGGAGCAGCUGGACCACGGCCGCUCCGAGCUGGACGCCCUGCUCGAGUCGCCGGACCCGCGGCCUUUCCUGGCGGGCUGGGGGCUUGUGGAGCAGCGGCUGGCGGACCUGGCAGCCGUCAUGGACAGCUUCCUGGCCAUGAUGGUGCCGGGGCGCCUGCACAUCAAGCACCGCCUGGUGUCUGACAUCGGCGCCACCAAGAUCCCCCACAUCCGGCUCAUGCUGAGCACCAAGAUGCCCGUCAUGUUCGACCGCAAGGAGUCGGUGGCCCACCAGGACUGGGUCAGCCUGCGCUGGUUUGUCACCAUCCAGCCGGCCCUGCCAGAGCAGUUUGAGCUGCGUUACCAGCUGCUGGACCCACGGACACAGCAGGAGUGCAUGCAGAGCGGCAUCAUCCCCGUGGCCGCCUGCACCUUCAGCAUCCGCAACCUGCUGCCCAACCGCUUCUACAAGUUCACUGUCAAGAGGGUGGAGAGCUACACGCUGGUGUACGAGCCCUGGCGGGAUAGCCUCACCCUACAGACCAGGCCAGGGCCCCCCGGAGGGCCUGCCCCCGGUAGGUUGGGCAAGCUCGGCCCGCCCCUGACCACAGCUUCUGAGAGAUGAUUUUCUAGUAUUUAUCCACUAAUAAAGAGGCGUAUAAACACA